AUGGACAUCGUAGGCCCCAUCGAUCCUCCUUCCUCCUUGGGGCAUAAGUCCAUACUCGCCGCAACCGAUUAUUUUUCUAAUUGGGCCGAAGCAGUCCGUCUCAGGAAGGUCCCUGACACUGCGGUGGCUGACUUCAUCCACCACCACAUCAUAUAUCGAUUCGGUGUUUCCGAUCGAAUCAUUUUCGACAAUGGCCCCUUGUUCCGCAGUAGCCAGAUCAAUAGGUUAGCUGAGAAAUUUGGGUUCACAUGGAAGUACUGGACCAUGUAUCACCCAAGGGCUAACGGCCUUGCUAAAGCAUUCAACGGAGCGUGA